UAUCUCUCAAUUUCUCAGGAGGUGGAAGAGAGAAAGCAGGAGAUCCACAGCAGCAUCAGCAUCCUUGGGAAUCCCAGCCAGGAGGAGGAGAAAGAGGAGAAGGAGGAAGGCUCCUAGGAAGCCUCCCUGCUGUUUUUAGAAAAAGAAGAAGGGAAAGGGAAGAAGGGAAAAGAGAGGAAAAGAUUUCCUGCUAGGAACUGCCUCCCAAACUAUGCAAGACCUACACCUCUCUUGAUCUGGCUGCGAAGGGAGAGACAGCAAGACAAGCAACUGGACGAUCCGCUUGGUUAUUUGGGCAGGAAGGCAAAGGGACAGUGAGGGAUUUCUUCCUCUUCCUCUUCUUCCUUCUUCUUCUUCUUUUCCAAAGACAACCCAGAAUCCCUGAAGGAAUUCAGCAGCGCCAGUGUUGGGAAUAGCUCCAUUUGGUCAGCUUUCCAAGACAAAAAGAAGGAAGUCUGCAGGGAGUAGGGGAGCCUGGAUUGCUUUCCUUUCUGAAGCCAAGCAUCCAAAGCCACCCGUUCAGUGGAGAAUUUCGUGGCAACUUCGCCUGAUGCUUUCAGAGGGAUUGUGGACAAAGGAAUAAAGAGGAUUUUUCUUUCUCUGUCUUCUCCUUCAUGCAAAGUUAUGCAAAGCCUGGAGCCCUCUUUUAAUUGUGUGGCUGGAGUCCUUCGGAGGGCUGGAAAAUAAACCUUGUAAAAGCCUCCAGCCUCAACAGUCCUCUCCCUUCUUCACCACCUGCUUCGAAUGGAUGUUGGCAAAGGCUGGGAAUCUUGACAGAAAAGUGACAUGGUUUGUCCCCUUCAGAAGGCCACAUGCCAAUUCUCCCCUUCAGUCUCAGCACAUUGAAGUGCUUUUCCCAACUUGUCUAGGAUUUCAAUGUGGAGCCAGCUUCCAAGCUAUCAAAACUAAGGAGUCUGGUUGAUGCCAACCAAUUUGACUUCCAUGGGUCUUUAGGCUGAAGGGGUUUGAGUGUGCAGGGCUCUUUGGCAAUGACUUGGAAGAACGGGGGAUCCUUGUGCAUGGAGCCACUCUCCUUCUGCCUGCUCUUGAGUGUGUGCUGUGGCUGGUGGUAUCAGCCAGUCAGCUCUGCCAAACCUAAAGGCCAAGGCCACCCCCACAUGAACUCCAUUCGCCUUGAUGGGGACAUCACCUUAGGAGGCCUCUUUCCUGUCCACGGAAGGGGCUCAGAGGGAAAAGCCUGUGGGGAGCUGAAGAAAGAGAAGGGGAUCCACCGCCUAGAGGCCAUGCUUUUUGCUUUGGACCGAAUCAACAAUGACCCAGACUUACUCCCAAACAUCACCUUGGGGGCCCGCAUCUUGGACACCUGUUCUCGAGAUACCCAUGCCUUGGAGCAGUCACUCACCUUUGUCCAGGCCCUGAUUGAGAAGGACAGCACCGAGGUGCGCUGCGUUAAUGGCGGGCCACCUAUCAUCACCAAGCCGGAACGUGUGGUUGGGGUGAUAGGAGCAUCUGGCAGCUCUGUCUCCAUUAUGGUGGCCAACAUCUUGCGCCUCUUCAAGAUUCCUCAAAUAAGCUAUGCUUCCACUGCCCCUGACUUGAGUGACAACAGCAGAUAUGACUUCUUUUCCCGCGUUGUUCCCUCAGACACCUACCAGGCCCAGGCAAUGGUGGAUAUUGUGAAAGCAUUUAAGUGGAAUUAUGUUUCAACUUUAGCCUCUGAAGGUAGCUAUGGUGAGAGUGGAGUAGAGGCAUUCAUCCAGAAAUCCAGGGAAAAUGGGAGCGUGUGUGUGGCACAAUCAGUGAAGAUUCCCCGGGAGCCCAAAGCAGGAGAGUUUGAUAAGAUUAUUCGGCGCCUCCUGGAGACAUCCCAUGCUCGAGCGGUCAUCAUCUUUGCCAAUGAAGAUGAUAUCAAGAACGUCUUAAUGGCAGCAAAGAGGGCCAAUCAGACUGGGCACUUUAUUUGGAUGGGCUCUGACAGCUGGGGCUCUAAAAUUGCUCCAGUGAGAGAUCUUGAAGAAGUGGCUGAAGGAUCUGUUACCAUCUUGCCCAAGAGGGCAUCUGUUAGAGGUUUUGAUCGCUAUUUCUCCAGUAGGACACUGGACAACAACCGCCGGAACAUUUGGUUUGCUGAAUUUUGGGAGGAUAAUUUCCACUGCAAGCUAAGCCGCCAUGCUCUCAAGAAGGGAAGUGCCAUCAAGAAAUGUACAAAUCGAGAACGGAUUGGUCAGGACUCAGCCUACGAGCAGGAGGGAAAGGUGCAGUUUGUCAUUGAUGCAGUUUAUGCCAUGGGCCACGCACUACAUAACAUGCACAAAAACCUUUGUCCUGGGAAGAUCGGCCUCUGCCCUAAGAUGGACCCAGUGGAUGGUGCAGAGCUACUUAAGUACAUCCGUAGUGUCAAUUUCUCAGGUAUUGCUGGGACUCCAGUGACAUUCAAUGAGAAUGGAGAUGCCCCAGGCCGCUAUGAUAUCUACCAGUAUCAGAUCAAGAAUGCCACACCAGAGUACAAAGUUAUUGGACAUUGGGCUGAUCACUUGAGCCUAAAAAUGGAGCGCCUUCAUUGGCCUGGAGGUGGUAACCAAGUGCCCACCUCAAUCUGCAGCCAACCAUGUAGACCAGGUGAAAGGAAGAAGCUGGUGAAGGGCAUGCCCUGCUGUUGGCACUGUGAGCGUUGUGAUGGUUACCAGUAUCAACAGGAUGAGUUCCACUGCAAGGUGUGCCGCCUCAGCGAGCGACCCAAUGAGAACCACACUGGCUGCAUCCCCAUUCCCAUUGUCAAGCUUGAGUGGAGUUCUCCUUGGGCUGUGGUGCCUGUCUUCAUUGCCAUUGUGGGCAUCAUUGCCACACUCUUUGUGGUGGUGACGUUUGUGCGCUACAAUGACACCCCCAUCGUCAAGGCUUCAGGGCGAGAGCUCAGCUACGUUCUGCUGACAGGCAUCUUCCUCUGUUAUGCUACCACCUUUCUGAUGAUUGCUGAGCCUGACUUGGGUACUUGCUCCUUGCGGCGUGUCUUCCUGGGGCUGGGCAUGAGCAUCAGCUAUGCUGCCUUGCUGACCAAAACCAACCGCAUUUACCGUAUCUUUGAGCAGGGCAAAAAGUCAGUCAGUGCCCCACGCUUCAUCAGCCCUGCUUCCCAGCUGGUCAUCACUUUCAGCCUCAUCUCCCUGCAGCUCUUGGGGGUCUGCAUCUGGUUCAUUGUGGAUCCCUCUCACUCCAUCAUCGACUAUGAGGACCAGCGGACUACGGACCCCCGAUUUGCCCGGGGAGUCCUCAAGUGUGACAUUUCUGACCUGUCGCUCAUCUGUUUGCUUGGGUACAGCAUGCUGCUCAUGGUGACCUGCACUGUGUAUGCUAUAAAGACCCGUGGGGUUCCUGAGACCUUUAAUGAAGCCAAGCCCAUUGGGUUCACCAUGUACACUACCUGCAUCGUCUGGUUAGCCUUCAUUCCCAUCUUCUUUGGGACAUCACAGUCAGCAGAGAAGAUGUAUAUUCAGACCACAACAUUGACUAUCUCGGUGAGCCUAAGCGCCUCUGUCUCUUUGGGUAUGCUCUACAUGCCCAAGGUCUACAUCAUCCUCUUCCACCCAGAGCAGAAUGUGCCCAAACGAAAGCGCAGCCUCAAGGCAGUUGUGACAGCAGCCACAAUGUCCAACAAAUUCACUCAGAAAGGAAGCUUCCGACCCAAUGGAGAGGCCAAAUCAGAACUGUGUGAAAAUCUGGAAACACAAGCUUUGGCUACCAAACAGACUUACGUCAGCUAUAGCAACCAUGCAAUUUAAACCCAGCCAGUGGUAACUGACCACAAAAAAAGGGCUGAUGAAGAGGAUAAACCAGAAAGUAGAAUGGAGUCCCUCAGCACAGUUGACAUUAUGGUGGGAGAAGAGGGCAAAAACCAAAUGUCAUUCCAAGUAGGCACCAUUCAUGGCUGCCUGUUUGCGAUGGUUGCAUUUUUUGAGGGAGUUCUUCAGGAAGAUUGCCACCAACAGCAGCAGAAAGAAUCAACCAACCCACCCCACGAGAAAUAUUUGCCUUCCAUCAGAGGGAGAGGAACAGACCGAUGGGGUGGACAUCACACCGAGUGGAAAGAAGGUGACAGAUCUUUAGAAAGUUUUUGGGUUUGUUUCUUUUCCUGUAUCUUGGCAAAAGAAAGAAGAAAAAUAAUACAUCCCCCUUUUAUUGAAAAAAAAUUGUGAGAUGGUUUGUGAUUGUGAAGAGUCUUUCUUUUUCUUCUUUUUCUUUUUUCCUUCAUCCUGUCUUCUGACUUCUUCACUCUUUUUCCACCUUGUUUUCCCUUCUGUCUUCCUCUUCUCCUCCUUACCAACUUCUGUGUGUUGCAAGAAAAAUUUUAAAAAGACAAAAAACCAUCAACAACAACAACAAAAAUGAAAAUAAAACCUAGACUGUGUUCAAAGUGCUGAUUUCUAUAGGUGGUAAAUUAAUGUAUGUGAUGACCAUAUGGAUUGAAAUAUGUCUGCUUUAAUGUACUGACCAAUCAAAAAUGAUAAAAAACACAAAAAAAUUAAAAGUUCAGUGCCUGGAUGUUUAUGAAUUAUUCGAUGACAAUGUGUAGAGCAUGAUCAUUUUUAUA